AGGUUUAGCUGCACUUUCUGCACCUCCCCGCGGCCCCGCGGUUAGUACGCGUCAACGUUCUCGAACGCGGAAACGUCGGAGCCCGGGCAGGAUUCGUUUUGCCGUCGCGCGUGAUCUCGAAAUUAACGGACUCGACUUAGACUAGAUCCCUCGGCUCGGACACACGACGCACAUCGUGAAGGAAAGAAACAAAAAUGAGCGUAACGUUGCACACGGACGUCGGCGACAUCAAGAUCGAACUGUUCUGCGAGAUGUGCCCGAAAACGUGCGAGAAUUUCCUCGCACUCUGCGCCAGCGAGUACUAUGACAAUUGCCUAUUCCACCGGAACAUAAAGGGCUUCAUCGUCCAAACCGGUGACCCCAGCAACACGGGUAAAGGUGGAACGUCCAUAUGGAAUCGCAAGUUCGAGGAUGAAUUUAAGGAGGAGCUCAAGCAUAACACGAGGGGCCUUGUAUCUAUGGCUAACAACGGCCCUAACACGAACGGCAGUCAAUUUUUCAUAACUUACGCGCCUCAGUCGCACCUAGACCUCAAGUAUACCUUGUUUGGGAAGGUCAUCGACGGCCUGGAAACCUUGGAGCAACUGGAGAAACUACCGGUGAAUCCUAAGAAUUACAAACCGCUCGCAGAAAUCAGGAUAAACAACGUAAGCGUACACGCUAAUCCAUUAGCGGGAUAGGCUGUCCCGAGUAACGGAACACUCGAUACCGUUCGUGACAAUAACACAAGUAAUUUAUACCAUUUCUUUUUAUGUAUGUAAAAAAAAUGUAUAAAAUGUUUGCGAUCGUUGAGACACAAGGGGUAAACCGCUGAC